GAAGCAAUGGAAGCACAGAGUCGGCUGCUGUGUUUUUGGACAGUGAAUUUAUGAAACAAGAAGAGACGACGGACUAUGGAGAUGUUACAAACAAAAGACGUCGCUGACCCUGGUUUGCGCAUUCCUUCUGGGCGUUUAUUCUUGUUCAAUUACGGGCCAUGGCAGUCCUUAUUGUUUUCAUGCUUACCUACCAAGGUUAGCAUAUUCGUGACUGUCAUACUUAUUUAUCAUAGUUAUUUAUCGUACUUCUUAUCUAUCAUUGCCAAUGAUAACUACAUAGAUGCCAUAACUGUCAUGCUUGUCAGUCUGUUGCGAUUUGUUUUUGAAGACGUAACUGAUCGUCCAAGUCCGCACUUCUGUAGUAUUGUCUCCAGUUACGUUUUCUUUUUCAAUGCAGUGAAUGUUCGCCAAGUAGUAAACUGAUUCCGUAAAUUCUCAAACUGACGCACAACGAAUACCCAUCCACAUUGACACACAGCAACGCUGGUGAGCUAUUGAGCAUUUUACUAGUUUUAAAUGGCCUCAGGAGCUGCAGGAGGCUGAGGGCGAGACGACUUCACUUGACGAAAAUAAAUGAACAAAAAGCAAAAGGCGUAGAACGUUAUGACGAAAUAGCAGGCUAUGCCUAUCUAUCUCGUCUCAUUUUCAGCAUCGCAAUAAUUUCAAAAAAUGUAGUGACUACCUCGUAGUUAUAAUUGAGACCUUUUUUCUUUCUGAGCUAGAAUUAAGUAGUUAGGCUUCUAUGGGGCGAGUAGCAAGGCUAACAUUAAGUCUGUUCGUAUUUGUAGCUUUCUCUUAUCUAUUAGUAUUAUCGGAAUUACCUCCUACGACUGUGCCUGCAGGUGUAGACGCAGAGACUUCGCGGACAGAGUA